AUGUUUCUCCUCCCUCUCUCCGUGGUGAUCCUGCUCACACAGCCCCUGAGGUCACUGGGAGCAGAAAUGAAGACCUAUUUCCAGAGAACCGCAGCCAACGCCUGCACCCUGGUCAUGUGUAGCCCCAUGGAGAAUGGCCUGCCUGGUCGCGAUGGACGGGAUGGGAGAGAGGGCCCCCGGGGCGAGAAGGGGGACCCAGGUUUGCCAGGAGCCGUCGGGAGAGUGGGGACGCCUGGCCCAGCUGGCCCAGUUGGGCCCAAAGGGGAGAAUGGCUCCGCCGGAGAGCCAGGACCAAAGGGAGCCUCCGGAGCCCUUGGACCUCCGGGACCUCGAGGUAUGCCUGGUCCAGCUGGCAGAGAGGGUCCCUCAGGGAAGCAGGGGAACGUAGGACCUCAGGGCACACCAGGCCCCAAAGGAGAGGCUGGGCCCAAAGGAGAAGUGGGUGCCCCCGGCAUGCAGGGCUCUACAGGGACGAGAGGCCCCCCAGGGGUUAAAGGAGAGAGAGGUGCCCCGGGUGAGCGUGGAGCCCCUGGAAAUGCUGGGGCGGCGGGGCCUGCUGGAGCCACAGGUCCGCCAGGACCUCCAGGUGCCAAAGGGCCCCCAGGACCAAAGGGUGACAGAGGCGCUCCUGGAGACAAAGGAGCAAAGGGAGAGAGCGGGCUUCCCGACAUCACUGCUCUGAGGCAGCAGGUGGAGGCCUUACAUGGACAGGUUCGACUCCUCCAGAAUGCCUUCUCUCAGUAUAGGAAAGUGGAGCUCUUCCCCAAUGGCCGAGGUGUCGGGGAGAAGAUCUUCAAGACAGGAGGUUUUGAGAAGACUUUUGAGGACGCACAGCAGGUGUGUAAACAGGCGGGGGGACAGAUGGCCUCCCCACGCUCUGCAGCCGAGAACGACGCCCUGCAGCAGCUGGUCACAGUUGAGAACAAGGCUGCUUUCCUGAGUAUAACCGACAUCAAGACGGAGGGCAAGUUCAUCUACCCCACAGGGGAGCCCCUGGUCUAUUCCAACUGGGCCCCAGGGGAGCCCAACAACAAUGGCGGCGCAGAGAACUGUGUGGAGAUCUUUACCAACGGCAAGUGGAACGACAAGGCCUGCGGAGAACAGCGCCUGGUGGUCUGCGAGUUCUGA